ACAGGAAGGAAGAAAGCAGAAGAGAAUGGGGUCCCUGAAGCCAGAGACUAGAGAGUUUCUGGAGGUGGAGAGCAGCAUAAGCCUGAUUGCCAGAGAAGCAGCCAUGGAAUGUGCAAAGUGGUGUGUGGGGGAGUGGGACAGUGUGUUGAGGAUUAGUGGGAGGUGAGGGCUACAGUCAGGGUGGGGAGGAGUAGUCUGGCCUUAAGGAGGAGGAAAAAAAGUGACAGAUUAAGGGGGUGAGUGGGGAAGGACCAAGGGCAGCCACUGCUCGCUCCAGGCAAGUGCCUGGUGAUGUGUUCUGCUGCUUUGAUGUUUCUGAGAGAGACUAAAGGUCCCCCUGCCAGGGUUCUUGGGGCUCUGGGGAACCCCUGCUUUCCAGCUCAAUUUUAGUGUCAAUUUUAUGCCAGCUGCUUAAGCAAGCUUUACAUAGGAAAGAAAUAUGAGCCACAGCGGCAUCCUUCCAGGAUUUAAAGGCUCAGUCCUAUUUCUUAUGAUCCAAGGUCUGUCAUCCUUUCCUUCUCUAUCCCUUAACUGCCUUCCCUUGCGUGGAGGUAAGGACAGGGUAGCUAAUGGGUUAAUUCGGAGACAACCACCGAGAGAAGCUUCCUAGAGAGCCCAGGAAGUGGCCUUAGUUCCCAUCGAGGCUUCCUGUGCCCCAGCCUCAACUUCCCUCCUACGUCUGGAGAGUGAUCACUUUCACUCCCAAAGACAUCCUUUGGUGAUACUUACUGUGGGAUUCAGAGUGGGGUGCAGAGGACGACCCUGCAAAGGCACGGACUAUAAGAGAGAUCUGUGCAGCUGCGCCUCAGGGGGUGUCCUGGGCCCCUGGGCAUGACAGGAGGGGGACCACUUGCAGUUCUACUGGAAAAUUUACCACCUUUCCAGAAUCCUCUGAAGAUAUACAGGUCGCAACUAGAGUGAGACCCGAGUACUGCCUUGGGUCAGAAUGGCUAGAGAACCGAGAAAAAACGCAGCCCUGGACGCCCAGUCUGCAGAAGACCAGACGGGGCUCCUGACCGUGAAGGUGGAGAAGGAGGAAGCCUCCGCCUUGACGGCGGAGGUGAGCGCACCCUGCAGCCCUGCUCGGGGCCCCGAACGCUCCCGCCAGCGCUUCCGAGGCUUCCGCUACCCGGAGGCUGCGGGCCCCCGCGAGGCGUUGAGCCGGCUCCGAGAACUCUGCGGACAAUGGCUGCAGCCUGAGAUGCACAGCAAGGAGCAGAUCCUGGAGCUGUUGGUGCUGGAGCAGUUCCUGACCAUCCUGCCGGGGAAUCUGCAGAGCUGGGUGCGGGAGCAGCAUCCAGAGAGCGGGGAGGAGGUGGUGGUGCUAUUGGAGUAUUUGGAGAGGCAGCUGGAUGAGCCGGCGCCGCAGGUUCCCGUUGGUGACCAGGGGCAAGAACUGCUCUGUUGCAAGAUGGCACUAUUGACACAAACUCAAGGGUCUCAAAGUAGCCAGUGCCAGCCAAUGAAGGCUCUGUUCAAGCAUGAAUCUCUGGGAUCCCAGCCCUUACAAGACAGAGUUCUCCAGGUUCCUGGGCUUGCCCAGGGAGGGUGCUGCAGAGAAGAUGCAAUGGUAGCUUCCAGGCUCACUCCAGGGUCCCAGGGGUUGCUGAAAAUGGAAGAUGUGGCCCUGACCCUCACUCCUGGGUGGACACAGCUGGAUUCAUCUCAGGUGAACCUCUACAGAGAUGAAAAGCAGGAGAGCCAUAGCAGCCUGGUCUCCCUUGGUGGUGAAAUACAGACUAAGAGCAGGGACUUGCCUCCAGUCAAGAAGCUUCCAGAAAAGGAGCAUGGGAAGAUAUCAUGCCACCUGAGGGAAGACAUUGCCCAGAUUCCUACACAUGAAGAAGCUGGUGAACAGGAGGGCAGGUUACAAAGAAAGCAGAAAAAUGCCAUAGGGAGUAGGCGACAUUAUUGCCAUGAAUGUGGAAAGAGUUUUGCUCAAAGUUCAGGCCUGACUAAACACAGGAGAAUCCACACUGGUGAGAAACCCUAUGAAUGUGAAGACUGUGGAAAGACCUUCAUUGGGAGCUCUGCCCUUGUCAUUCAUCAGAGAGUCCACACUGGUGAGAAGCCAUAUGAGUGUGAAGAAUGUGGUAAGGUCUUCAGUCACAGCUCAAACCUUAUCAAACACCAGAGAACCCACACUGGGGAGAAGCCCUAUGAGUGUGAUGACUGUGGGAAGACCUUCAGCCAGAGCUGCAGCCUCCUUGAACAUCACAAAAUUCAUACUGGGGAGAAGCCAUACCAGUGCAAUAUGUGUGGCAAAGCCUUUAGGCGGAAUUCACAUCUCCUGAGACAUCAGAGGAUUCAUGGUGAUAAAAAUGUUCAGAAUCCUGAGCACGGGGAGUCCUGGGAAAGUCAGGGUAGGACGGAAAGCCAGUGGGAAAAUACUGAGGCUCCCGUGUCUUAUAAAUGUAAUGAGUGUGAGAGAAGUUUCACACGGAAUAGAAGUCUUAUUGAACAUCAAAAAAUCCACACUGGUGAGAAACCCUAUCAGUGUGACACAUGUGGAAAAGGUUUCACUCGAACUUCAUACCUUGUUCAACAUCAGAGAAGCCAUGUAGGGAAAAAAACUCUUUCACAGUGACCCAUGGUAUUCAUGCCAAUAUUGGUGCUCAUUUGUCACUGAACUGAAGCCACCCUGGAGCCCUUAAUGGUUACAGAAAUUGUGGACCAGGGCUUUAUUUACCACUAUACAUCAUCGGGUAUUAGAAAAUGUAGUCUGGCUGAGAUGAUGAGUUAUCUUCUACAUUCUAGAAAGUGAUUGGAAGAAGUCAUUUGAUAGGAGGCCAUGGGAGAGUGGUCUGGAAGUUAUAGGACCUAAAAUAGUUUGUUCUCACCCAGUGUAUUUAAAUGGCCUUCUGGACUUGUUAAUUGCCCUCAGCCAGCACUUUAGGACAUCUGGUUGGAUGGCUCUGAUGUGGGGGGCUGCUGCUCUGACCAUUCAUUUUGCCUCUAAUGAAUCUUUCACAAAUUGGUCAGAUCCAUGAGGUCUUUUACUCUUCUUUGUGCCUUGUAUGAUAGGUGCUAAUAAACAUUUAUUAAAUGUACCAGUAAAAUGGCCUUUGUACCAAAAA